AUGUUCGGAGCUACAUCUGGAGGCACGGGGAUGUUCGGAAGCACACAAAAUAAGCCUUCUGCUUUUGGAACCCAACCUUCUUCGGGCAAUGGUGGCUUUCUGUUUGGCUCUUCGAAUACUACCAAUACAAACAACAAUGCGCCAGCUGGAAAUACUGGAUUCUCGCUUGGUGCAAACACCAAUUCGGGUGGUCUUUUCGGCAACAAGCCAGCCUCAACAUCAAACCUUGCAAGCGGCACUUUUGGAAGCUCCAACAGCACCGGUUUUGGCUCGAAUACUGGUCUGAACAAUCUUUUUGGUUCUGCCAACACCGGCACUAAUAACAACAGCAACACUGGUGGUCUUUUUGGCAAGCCGCAAGGAGCAGCAAACACCACUUUUGGCAACACUGGCAACCAGACAAGCACUUUUGGCAAUUCUGGAAAUCAAGCAAGCACUUUCGGCAGUACCAACACAAACACUCAACUGGGUGGUUUAUUUGGAAACACAAACACGAACAAUCAGGCCUCCCUGGGAGGCUUGUUUGGCAGCAAACCUGCGGGCACGACUUCUGGUCUAUUUGGAAGCACAAACAACACAACAAGUGCUCCAUCUGGAGGUCUCUUUGGCAGUAAACCGGCUGGCAGCACUUUUGGUGGAUCAAGCGGUGCACCAGCGUCUGGCGGAUUGUUUGGGAACACAAACACAAACACAGCGACUAACGCAAACACCAAUACCAACGCAAGUGGCGGUUUGUUCGGCUCUUCAAAUACAGGAGCAACAGGAGGCCUCUUUGGAUCGUCGAAUGCUGCUACUGGCACUUCUUCUGGUCUUUUCGGGGGCCAAUCUUCCAAUAAUAACACUACGCAGCCAUCGUUCAAUUGGUCAGGCCAAAAGCCUGCCAACCAGGCUCCUGGAGCUUUGAACUUAUCUUUGUCGUCCCAGGCGCCUUCCCAAACACAACAAACUACAUCCUACACACCAGCAAUCAACGACCAGGUUAUAAAGUUGAAAGAGCAAUGGGACCCAUCCUCGGGCAAAUGUGCAUUGAAAACACACUUAUACAACAAGUUCACUGAAGAAGAAAUCAAUGUGCUCAUGCAACAGCCACGGCCUGCGAACGAAUCACCAGAAGACUGGGAACAAGCCAUGUCGAAAAGACCUGGACCAUUGUAUUACCCAGUUAAAGUUAGCUCAUUCAGCGAGGUUGCCCAGAGAAUCGAAGUUCAGCUUGACCAUGUGGCCAAGUCCCGCAUUCUUCUUCGCAAUAUCAACGACAAGAUGGGCCAGAUAUCUUCAAAGCAUGAUUUAGAUAACACAACUCGGAUCAUGCAAGCCAAAGUGAAACACACCAAUCUUUCGCGUCGUUUGCUAAGGUUGGCCACAGUUCUAGCAAUGUUGAAGUUGAAGGGCUACCCGCUCUUGCCAGAGGAGGAAGAGAUAUCCAAACAAUUCCAGACCCUUCUCGCAAAGGUCUCGGACCCCAACGGUUCUGUUGGCAAGUUGAACGACAUUUAUGCCCGUUUGGCAAUCCUAAAGGGACGGAGCGAAGAUUUGUCUUCUCAGUUAGAGUCAUCUAUUAAUAACAUGAACGGCGGUUUGAAUGGACUCACUCGUGAAAAUACAGAAGCUGUUGGAGAAGGUGCCACACAAAUAGACCAGGUGGUGGACCUGUUGACGAAACUUCUUUACAAGCAGCAGGUGGGACUCAAUUACGUGAACGAAAUUGUGCAAAAAGACUUGGAUAUUGUCAACAAGGCAACUUCCAAGAGGUGA